GAAACGCGCGAGUGCGUGCCCGCGCCCUUGGCCUGGUCCCGGCGCCACCUGCCGACCGUUGCAAUCAGUGCAAGUUCGAAAAUUUUUAAAACAGCCGGAGGAUGCUGUGAAGUGGCACGUCGCGUGAUUCGUGGGAGAUUCGCGUCUAAUCGGUCCGACGAUUCCGAGAUCUCUCACUCUCCUGUUCCGGUGGGAGGAAAAGUUCGCGGAAAUUCGAACGCUGACGCCGUCGCCGGUCCGACCGCGCGCGUGAUCAUGCCCUAUCUGUGACAAUCGUGUUUAUUGUGCCUCGUUGCGAAUCUUCGAGAAGGAAGACAUUCGGAUCCUCGCCGUUGAUUGACCGAGCGAUCUCCUCGGCUUGCUGCGCGCCGAACGGAUUGCUGGAAGGUGGAAAGUCUGUGAUAGGAUUAUUAAGCGAAGAGGCGCAAGGUGCACAACGGUUCCUCCAGUGUCUCGGAGCGUGAAAGAUUGGGUGACACGGGAGCCGAACGGGCCAGUAUUCAUGCCAGUAUGCCAAUCGAAUGCCGGUAGACGACCGAUAUAACCGCCGUCAUACCGAUAGCCAAUUAAUAAGUUACUUAGAUAGAUCAAUUAGUAGUUCAUAGUAAGCUCGGCCAACGGAGAUACGCCGAUUAAUCGUGAUCAUAUAGCGAUUAUAGGAAACGCGAAUGUGUUAAACCCGCGUUAUUUUUCCGUACGCCCGUGUAAGCAAUAAGGAUCGUGUUUCGCAGAUAAACACUCACGCUUAUCGUACUUCUAUCAACGACAAUAAUUUCUAACGGUGUUCUUCCGCCCGCGUCAUCGAAUUCGAGCGGGCGGGUAAAAAGGAGAAAAGGGAGAAAAUCCGGUGUAAUCGCGGUGAAGUGAUCGACUGUUUUUCGUGCGGCUGUGGAGUACUACGAGGGACAGUCUGCGACGCAGAAGUGGAUGCGGACACCACCCCGGCGAUCAUCACGGUGGCUGGAAACGCUGACUUACAUCGGGAGCGCCAACGUGCAAUCAAGGUUCAUGGUUUUCAUGGAGGAGAGCGAGCUCUCGAGCAAGCGGUGGGCCAGUGCGCCCCGCCGCCCGGACAGCCCCUGCGUCCUGGGGGCACCGACGUCUAGGGAGGCGGCGGGACCGCCGGUGCAGCUGGAACCAGUGGACCUGUCCGUGAAAACUCCGGUGGUGUUGCAGGUGCCACGGUACAGUCCGGCGGCGAUAAUUAACGCCAGCGUAAGAAGAGUACCGUCGCCCUCGACAACGCCCACGCCGCCACCGCCGCCGCUCUGCGUAUCUACCGCAUCUCCAUCCUUGCCACCGUUGGGCGAAACAGCAUGGGACAGAGAUCACGAUCGUGAUCGGAGCCGAGAGAGGAAUCGGGAGCGCGAGAGGGUGCGGGAAAGAAGUAGCGAGAACGAGAGGGAAUGUCAACAGGAGCGAGAGCCCGCAAUCAGGGAACUGCGGGAUCGGGAAAGGGAACGUGAUCGCGAUAGGGACAGGCAAAGGGAAAGAGAUCGGGAGAGGGACGUGUCGGUCUGCAUGAUGGAGCCAACCGACCCGGUCUUCAUCUCCCCUUCCGCGGCCCUUCUCGCGUUGCAGAGGAUAAAGGACGCUUCUAUCGUGUUCCAUAAACGUCCAGCGCUAGGAGCGGGUAUCGGUUUGGGUGGUAGAGGAAAUGCCGGCGUUGGCGGAAACGGCGGCAAUUUAGGAGUUGACGGUGAAUGCGGCGAUGCGUUGAAGAGACGCAAAGUUCACAGAUGCGACGUCGCCGGGUGCGACAAGGUUUACACGAAAAGCUCGCAUCUAAAGGCGCACAAGAGGACCCAUACCGGUGAGAAGCCGUAUCAGUGCACGUGGGAAGGCUGCACGUGGAAAUUCGCACGAUCGGACGAGCUGACGCGGCACUAUCGCAAACACACGGGCCAAAAGCCGUUCAAGUGCCAUCUCUGUCAGCGAUCGUUUUCGCGAAGCGACCAUUUGUCGCUCCACAUGAAGAGGCACUGAUGGUGAGGACCGUCUAGGGCCGCGCGACGCGAGAGAAAGCGCACGUCGAUCGCGCGCGGGCGAGGGAAUGGAGGAAAGCCGGAGAAUGGUCCUCGAUAAUCGGCUAGCGAUCCCGAGUGAUCCUAGACGAGAAACGACGAUGAUAUUUCUUUCUUACAUUUGGGACCUGAAGAGCCGCGCCGCGUGCCGGCCCGUACCGAACCUCCAGGUCGGACCGGUCGGCCGACAGGGCGGACAGUAACUAAGGGAAAAAAAAAAAAAAAAAA